CGUAGAAGAAGGCAGAAGAUGCCGAGCAGGCACGUCGGCUGGCACUUGAACAACAGCGCCAGCAUGACGAGGCAGCAGCAAGGGCUGCCGAUGAGGAAAGAGUCCAGCGUCGUGAGAAGAUAUUUACCGGAGAGCGGGCGUUACUUACCAUGUCAGCGGAAUGGCGGACCGAGGCCAAGAAUAACCAGUUGGAGGACAGCGCAAACAAGAUAGCGCUCCUCCUCUCGCAUCUCACGGAUCUCCUGGCAACCUGCAUUACACAGCAGGCAGAGAUCCUUGGUCUCGACAGAUCGCUAGCUCACCUCCAAGACCGUUUUCAGCGGUUGGAGCAGCGACCAGUCGCCGCCGCCGACGCAGGCUCAUCCAAUACUGUCGACCGCCUCAGUGCCUUGGAGAUGCACGUCGGCUCACUCCAGGAUGGCGCACAGUUACAGCUCACCGCGACGCAACAGUUGCAGCAGCGGGUCUGUACCACCGCCACUACCUCGAGUUCGGAGCCGCGCGAGUCAACUCCAAAGUUUGACGGGCAGGAGAUCUUCUGCGACGCCAUGAAGACAGAUCCGAUUCCAUGGUUUCGCAAGUUCGAGCUCACGUUGCAGCUCCACAAUGUCAAGGAACACAAGCAUCACGCCUACUUGGGGCACGUCAAGGAACACAAGCAUCACCGCCACUACCUGUUGUCCAAGUACGGAGUGGUAGCUAACGACUUGCACACCAAGAUCACCUGGGAUGAUCUGAAGGCGGCGUGGCACAAGCGGUUCCAGGUGGAGCCGUCAGAGAUCAAAGCCAUGGACAAGCUCAUGGUCUUCGAGCAAGGCACGCUGCCGAGUAUGGACUGGAUCGCCGAGUACCAACGCUUGACGUCAGUCCCAGACAUCCAGAUGGGCUUCAAGGCCAUCCGCCACUACUUCAUCUCAAGGUCAUGUCCGACAUUAAGCAAUGCCCUGACUCAUGUCGAGGACACCUUGACGACGACGGCGGAGUUGUUUGACAAGGCUGCGCAGAUCAUUAUCACGAACAAGGAGGCCAAGAACCUCCGUUCAUCUGCGUCAGGCCCGAGCAGGGACCAGCAUUGGCCAAGAGUGGCCGUGGUCGCAGCGGCAGCGCCGUUGGACCAAACCAGUGAGGCUGCGUCUGCCAGUGAAGGGGAAAGAUUCGCAGCCGCCCGGGAAGGUGGCCGCCCCGGCAGAGGCCGAGGACGCGGCAAGAUGAAGACACACACCGCAUCUAGCCCCGGGCCAGGUGCAGCAGCUGAGACAGGCCCAUGGACCCAGGAAGCGAUUGCCAUGGACAUUACCGGCCCGUUCCCCAAGCACAAGACCGGAGUGGAUGGGAUUCUCACGGUGGUCGACCGACUCACCAAGUUCACCAUGUUCUUGCCUUGUCGCUAUCAUGCCAAGGCACCAGGGUUGGCCGAGGUUCUUUACGCCGGUUGGAUUCGAACCAAGGGUUACCCCAAGGAAAUCGUCUGCGACCGCGACACUCGGUUCAUGUCCGAUUUUUGGUUGGCACUCAUCAAGCGAUGGGGCUCAUCUCUCAAGCCCAGUUCAGCUCGCCACCCUCAGACCGAUGGCCAGACGGAGAGGGCGCAUCAGACCGCACAGGUUCUCCUUCGCACUCUCAUCCGCCCUGACCAGAAGGACUUGGUUGAGCGGCUGCCGGAUGUCGAGUUGGCCUACAACUCAUCUAUCCACCCGGCUAUCGGGAUGUCGCCCUUUGAGUUUGAGCACGGCUCGCCGGUCACUUCACCGUUGAACACUAUUACUCCACGAACGGCCGAGAGCGACAACCAUUUUCUUUUCUUGCGUCGGAUGCAAGAGCUUCUUGUCAAGGCACGCGAUCAGAUGGCUAAGACGCAGCAGCGCAUGAGCCAACAGGCCAAUCGCCAGCGUCUUCCUUGCCCAUUCCGCGCAGGCGACCUUGUUUGGGUUUCCGCAGCGGAAUUCAGCCUUGAACAAGACAUCUCUCGCAAGCUCAUCCCGAAAUGGAUGGGGCCUUGGUCGAUCGUAGCGCCCGCUGGGGACGCACCCGAAGGACCUUCCUUCACGAUUCAGCUGCCUGGCCACUUGCCGGUCUACCUAGUCUUUCAUUGCUCCAAGUUGGCUCUUUACACGCCAGCGGAACAUGACGAUUUUCCCGGGAGACGUAAGCAAGACCCACCUUCUAUGGACGGUUUUCAAGAGGUCGGCGACAUCAUCUCCCAGCGACGCUACGGCAACAAGCCAACURAGUAUUUGGUGCACUUUGCAUACUGCACACACUGAGUUGACCGUUGGUUAACCCGUGCGGAACUUCAAGCAACAGCU